UUAUGGGAAAUUAUAAAAUUUAAUGCUUCAGAUGAAGCUAUUGUUUCAAAUUUUUUACCUUUUCAAGCAAUCCCAGCAACUAGAAAUCCUCGUAUGAAAAAAAACACUCCUUUACGAAAAAAUUAUAGCAAUGUUAAAUCUGAAAACUGGACGAAAUGUGAUAUCAAAUUUGAGAAUGAAUUUGAAAAUAUUAAAUUUGAAGAUUUAUCAGAAAGUAAUGAUGAAUUUGAAAAUUUUUGGGGAAGUAAUGAAUUCUAUAAUGGCACUUCCACUAAAAGAUCAUAUAAAUGUGGAAAUUGUGGCCAAGAAGGGCAUAAUCGACGUACCUGUGAUCGUAUCACUACACCAUUACCAACUUCUCCAAUACACAACGGUUCUACUAAAAGAUCAUAUAAAUGUGGAAAUUGUGGCCAAGAAGGGCAUAAUACACGUACUUGUGGUCGCAAAACUUCACCAUCAGCUACCUCAUCAACAACCUCAAUGUACAACGGCACUCCCACUAAAAGAUCAUAUAAAUGUGGACUUUGUGGUCAAGAAGGGCAUAAUAGUCGUACUUGUGGUCGCAAAGCUUCACCAUCAGCUACCUCAUCAACAACCUCAAUGUACAACGGCACUCCCACUAAAAAAUCAUAUAAAUGUGGACUUAGUGGUCAAGAAGGGCAUAAUAGGCGUACUUGUG